AUGGCUGCUGAAGGCGAGUUGCUGCAGAUGCAGAGCAUGGAGCAUUACAAAGCUGAGAUCGAGAGGCUGGCCAAGGAGCUAACGGAGACGACCCACGAGAAAAUCCAAGCUGCAGAAUAUGGGCUGGUGGUUCUGGAGGAGAAACAGUCGCUGAAGCAGCAGUACGACGAGCUGGAAAGCGCCUACGAGACAGUCAAACAUGAGCUGGAACAGCUGAAAGAGGCGUUUGGACAGGCAUAUUCAAAUCAUCGUAAAGUUGCAGAAGAUGGGGAGACCCGUGAAGAGACCCUCCUGCAGGAAUCUGCCUCAAAGGAGGCCUAUUACCUCAGUAAGAUUCUGGAGCUGCAGACAGAGCUGAAACAAGUCAGGACGGUUGUGGUGAAUGUCCAGUCUGAAAAUGAACGACUCAGUGCUGUUUCUUUGGACCUCAAAGAGAAUAAUGAAAUGUUGGAGCUGCAAAGAAUACGGAUGAAAGAUGAGAUCCGAGAGUACAAGUUUCGUGAAACGAGGCUUCUGCAGGAUUACACUGAACUGGAAGAGGAGAACAUUACUCUGCAAAAACUUGUCUCAACCCUCAAGCAAAAUCAGGUAGAAUAUGAAGGCCUCAAACAUGAAAUUAAACGCCUGGAAGAGGAGACAGUGUUGCUCAACAGCCAGUUAGAAGAUGCUAUCCGGUUAAAGGAGAUUGCUGAACAUCAGCUGGAGGAAGCUUUGGAAACCUUAAAGAAUGAGCGUGAACAGAAGAACAAUUUGCGCAAAGAGCUCUCACAGUACAUCAACAUGAGUGACAGCAUGUACAACAAUCACAUAAACAUCGCAGUUGAUGGGCUAAAGUUCUCAGAGGAUGGCAGUGAGCCGAAUAAUGAUGAAAAAGUGAAUGGACAUAUUCAUGGAUCUUUGGUAAAACUUAAUGGUGAUUACCGAACACCAAGUACCAGAAAAACUGACAGCCCAGCUCUAGUCUCAGAUCUAUUCAGUGAGCUCAACAUUUCGGAAAUGCAAAAACUUAAGCAACAGCUUAUACAGGUAGAGCGGGAAAAGGCCAUCCUCUUGGUCAGUCUUCAGGAAUCGCAGACACAACUGGAACAUACUAAGGGAGCACUAACUGAGCAACAUGAACGGGUUCACAGUUUGACAGAACACGUCAAUGCAAUGAGGAGGCUUCAGGUCAACAAGGAGUUAAAGACCAACCUGGAAAAUGAGAAAGGACGGGAAUCUGGAGAAGAAACACAUGAUUAUGAGGUGGACAUAAAUGGACUGGAGAUUCUUGAAUGUAAAUAUAAAGUAGCAAUUACGGAGGUCAUCGAUCUCAAAGCUGAACUCAAAAGCUUGAAAGAAAAAUACAAUAAAUGUGUGGAGACCUACACAGAGGAAAAAACAAAAUAUGAAAACCGCGUGCAAGAGCUGGAUCAGCAAGUGAGCUGUCUGGAGAAAAUAAACAAAGAAUAUAAUGAAAAAGUAACACAUUUUGAAACAGAGAUCAAAACACUGACAGACAUGGCAAAUGACGGGCAUAACACACUCAACACAGCCCAGGAUGAACUAGUAACUUUUAGUGAGGAACUUGCACAGCUCUAUCACCAUGUUUGCUUGUGUAAUAAUGAAACCCCAAACAGGGUCAUGCUGGACUAUUACAGACAAAGCAGGGUCACCCGCAGUGGAAGUCUGAAAGGACCGGAUGACCCAAGGGGUAUAUUGUCGCCGCGACUUGCCCGAAGGGGCAUGGCCUCACCGGUUGACUCGAGAAAUUCACCAGACCAUUCCCCAAAAGACAAAAUGGAGGUUGGUAAAGAAAACGCACAACAGAACCCUACGAAAGUGGCCAGCACCACGGUCUCACCUGUAAUAACAGCUCCACCUUCUUCUCCCGUCUCUGACACGAGUGACAUCAGAAAGGAGCCGAUGAACAUCUACAACCUGAACGCUAUCAUAAGGGAUCAGAUAAAACAUCUGCAGAAGGCAGUCGACCGAUCUCUCCAACUGUCACGGCAGAGGGCAGCUGCACGGGAGUUGGCACCAAUGAUUGAUAAGGAUAAAGAGGUUCUGAUGGAAGAGAUCCUGAAACUGAAAUCACUGCUCAGUACAAAACGUGAGCAGAUAGCAACUUUACGCACAGUUCUGAAGGCCAAUAAGCAGACAGCAGAAAUUGCCCUGGCAAACCUGAAGAGUAAGUAUGAAAAUGAGAAAACGAUGGUGACCGAGACAAUGAUGAAAUUGCGAAACGAACUCAAGGCCCUGAAGGAGGAUGCAGCGACCUUCUCGUCCUUACGUGCCAUGUUUGCCACCAGGUGUGAUGAAUACGUGACACAGCUGGAUGACAUGCAGCGGCAGCUGGCAGCGGCCGAGGAUGAGAAGAAGACGCUGAACUCCCUGCUGCGUAUGGCGAUUCAGCAGAAGCUAGCCCUUACGCAGCGGCUCGAGGACCUGGAGUUCGACCACGAGCAGUCUCGGCGGAGCAAAAGCAAGCCGGGGAAAAGUAAAGCUGGCAGUCCUAAAUUUUUUAUAGAUUGUCAGCAGUCUGCUGCCUCCAUAUCGCCACACUACUCACAACUAGAGAGAGGAUGUGACUCAGAGACUGAAAGUCCUAAUAUAGCUCUCCAGGAAGAGCACUCACAUUCCAGAUCAAAAUGUGUUCCUCUCAGAUGUCUUUCUAAGCCUCCUCCCCAUUCCUAGUCAUGCCACAGGAUGUCAUCCUCUGGAGAAUGAAUCAGGAUGCCUCUGGUACUAAUGCAUUACUGGGAAAGUCCUGAGUUUUCUACUCUGUUGCUUCAUUGCUGAGCCCGAUUCCUCUGGAUAGUGGGAGCAAUGGAGAUAAUAUUGAGAAACAAGACACAUGAAGCACAGAGAAUCACCUGUUUGAAAGACUUCUUUUGCUGCUUAUUUUCCCCUUCUACAGUCUAUUACUUUGGAGUCUGAAAACUAACCAACUUCUGUGAAACAGGAUAGCUUGCAGUUGCUUGGUUUUGCCUCUGAAACAUAAGUGGGAGAGUGAGAAAAGGGGACAGAAAAAUGGACUAAUGGAAUUAAUCUACAUCUGAUCAACAUCAGUCACUGACCAUCCGUGAUCAGCCACAGUAAUUGAUUUCAAUGUGUGUUUCAGCAAGUUUGGUAGCAUGAGGUGAUGCAUUUAUUUUGAAAGUUUAAGUCCAAACCAAUGCUUCAAUAUAUGGUGCACUUAUAUGUUUGAUUUUUUUAAAAUUUAUUGGAUGAUCUUUCUGAGGACAAUAAUUUAUUAUUUGAAAAUGUUAUGAUUGUUUAAAAAAAAUGGAUCUUGGCACAAUUAGCAUUUUUAGGCCACAGUGCUACUAUGGCCGGAAUGUGCCACUGUAAUCGCGCAGUGGUGAUGUUGACAAUUGUGAACUGAGUGUUAGUCACUCUUAACUAUUUCCGGUCCUGCUAGAGGUGUGUCUCUGCAUUUUUAUUUGUUAAUGUGUUCCUGCAUUUAACUUGGUAAUGGAUGCCAUUUUGAUUUGUACCUUUUUCAUAAAAUAGAGUAAUAGAGUAUUUAAUGUUGGGGGCUGGUGCUAAAUGGAACUGAAAAUUGCUUGAUAUGCCACAUUUUUUAAGACCAUUACUAUCAUUGUUAUUAUCGUAAGACCUUUAAGCUUCUGGGUCACAGUAUCAUUAAAUUGGUGCUUUUGUUGUGCAAAAAUCAAGACAGUAUAAUUUCCAUAAUAUUUACAGAAUACUGGUCUACAAGGACGACAAUGAUUAAAUCGGCUACAAGCAGUUUUCUGAAUCAAAUGCAAGGGCUUGGAACAUCUACCUUUUGAGUAUGAAGUCUUGAUUGUAUUAUAAAUUUUACAUCUUGGUGAAUCCAUCCAAGAGUCCCUUUAGUAUAUGGAGUCACUGCUUCAGAAAAAUUAAAGCCAAUCCUUGAAGUAAAUGGAAGCUAGCCAUGGAAAGAAAGUGUGGUGAGUCUCUUCCCAUGCUAUUCAAGCAGACUAUAGUGGAUCAACAUUAAUAAGAGACUGCAGGGGUGUCAGUAUGAAUCAGAGAACAGAUGUUAGGGGCAUUUAUGGUAAUGUAUGUACAGAGAAAUAAUGAUGGGAACACAUGGAUUUAUGUUCACCUUUGCCCAUUAUUCUUGUUAUAUCAAUUCUCUUUCCAUUUAGUGGAAGAAACCAAAUGUUUCCAUUGUCAGAGGUUUUGACUUUCUUGUUAUUACAAAGAUGACAACAAAAUCUGUCAAUCACUUUGCUGCCAGCUUUGUGUCUGACAGAGUUUUCAUUAUUUGUAUGCUUCAUGCCCAAUUAUACUGCAGUAUUGUAAUUAAUUGAUAUCUUUUAUUUCUAUAAAUUGGCACUAUUUUGUCAUUCCCUAUU